AUGUCGCUGUCUGUGAACGACAUACCCCUCCCACGCGACAGUGUGUCUACUGCCUCUGACUUAACUAUAGCCGAGGAUGAUCUGGAAAUACUGCCCGCGGAAGACCUUGAUAGCGAUGUCGAAUACCUGCCACUACAGUCGUUGCCAUCAGGACGGCGCUUGCGUCUUAUUUUCGCACAUCAAUCGCGCUUCUUGUUUCUUCAAGGCAUCUUUUUAUUUGCAUUCGUGAUCGUGGGUAUGUGCCUCCUUGUAUUUUUGAUACCGUGGUUCGCUUCCAGCCGUCGCCAAGCACCGACUCAGCACAAGAGCUCAAGCGAACGUCCCCUGUACACUUCCUAG